GAAAGAAAUGUCUGACUUUUACUUUCGGUAUUAUGUUGGUCACAAAGGUAAAUUUGGUCAUGAAUUUAUUGAAUUUGAAUUCCGACCGGAUGGUAAAUUACGUUAUGCUAACAACUCUAAUUACAAAAAUGACACCAUGAUCAGGAAAGAGGUUUAUGUUUCCAAAGCUGUUAUCAAUGAAUUAAAACGAAUAAUCGAAGAUUCUGAAAUAAUGGAGGAAGAUGAUGAACUUUGGCCACAACCUGAUAGAGUCGGUAGACAAGAAUUGGAGAUUGUCCUGAAUGAUGAACAUAUUUCAUUCACCACUGCUAAAAUUGGUUCCUUGGUUGAUGUUAACAACAGUAAAGAUCCUGAAGGACUAAGAACCUUUUAUUAUUUGGUCCAAGAUAUCAAGUGUUUUGUAUUUUCAUUGAUCUCUCUUCACUUUAAAAUCAAGCCCAUAUAAGUAAAAAAAAAUUCCCUCUGACUGACCAGGAAACUUGAUCAAGAUAACAAACCUCUCAUGUAAAUAUUGGUUUUUCAUCAAUAUUGAAAUGAUUAUGUUCAAAUUUUCAAGUAAAGCAGAAAAGAUUCUCAACAAAAAGAGAAUAAAGUUUGACCAAAAUGAAA